CUCAUAGAGGGCGCGGAGACGUUGGCCCCGCCCCCGUUCUCUAGGCGACCGGGCGGCGCUGGCCCUGGCCGAGAUGGCGGCCGUCGAGCAGGGGCCGGGGCCGGAGCAGGGACAGGAGCCACAGCCGGGGCCGGGGGCAGGGCAGGAAGAAGAGCAAGAUCAGGACACCACAGAUGGAAAGAUUAUUCCAUGGACAUUUCUUUCUCUUUCCCAAGUUAGUGCUUUGUCAGAAGAAAAUAUAGAAGGAGUUCAAAAAAAGCUGGAAGAAUUCCUGAAUUUUAAACAAUUAAAAACAUCGUUGAAGGAAGCUAUUUUGCUAGAUUAUUAUACCUCGGGAUUUUGGUGGGCUAAAGAAAUGAACUUCAGUCUUAUACAGCUCACAGGAUUCAUGGGUCUGUUAAAUUUCCUGUUGGAGAACCUCAGUGACAAACAUAUGACAUUAGGCGAUAACAUAAAAGAACUUGGAAAAAAAAUGGCUGGAAUAGGAGGAACUCAUCCAGAAGGAAGUGGUGACUUGGAUUUCUUCAGUGUUGAGCAAGCCAAAGCAAUCAUUGAUUACUUGACUAUCAGCUUAUUUCAACCCUAUAAACUGUAUGACUAUCUUUUCCAUAGUCCUAGAGCAGAACUUGUGAUAAGUGAUGAGUAUAUGAUUGAACUUGCCCCACCUGCGGAUGACACUUUCCCUAUUCCACUGGAAGAAGGUAUACCUUCUGAUAUCAGUUCGUCACCCACAGCUCCAGAGAUGGAAUCUAAGGAGUCUGAUCGAGAAAGCUGCCUGGAAGAGCCCUGUCCAGAAGCAGAAUCCUUCAAGGCAGAUGCUUUGGCUGGUUUCACUGUUGAAGAUGUGAAGUCUGUAAUGGGUGAAAUCACAAAUGAAAUUAUUGGCAACCUUGAGGCUGAGAUAAACAAAAAGCUGCAAAUACAAGAAGAAGCUUAUACUUCGAGAAUAGAAAAAUUAAAAAGGCCUAAAUAACCAGAUAAGAAAGUGCUGGUGAAGAGCUAUCAGAGCUGCAGUGAUUUUGGAUGCCAGUGUGGAUGGUGAUUCAAGGUGGGAGCCUUCGCAAGGGGAUCUGAAGCACCUUCUGGAUGAUCCUGUUCCUCCUGUGACUGCAAGGAAGGCUUUGGGAUUUCACCUCCCUCAACUCAGGUGAUGUAAGUGGCGAACCAUGGAGUCACUGACUUUUCACAUGCACAGGGAGCAGCCGGACACAGCAGGUCAUGGAGCUCUAAUGUACCAGAAGUCAUUUCUGAUGAACGACUCUAAAAGAAAGACUGAUACGGCUCUCUGGACUCCAUUUCAAAGACUUACCUUUGGACGAGAAGAUUGCAGAUGAGACUUUACUUCUGUAGAACUCAGUAGAGAGAUGUUUGUAUGCCACCAAAGGAUCUUGCUUUAAAUCCUUUUUUUCUUCCAACUCCGGUUUUCUGAGGACAGCAAUCGUGGCCAAAGGCAGGAUGGCUGGUGGGAAUGAAGACAAGUGAAAUGGAAAUAACCAGAACUGAGGUGGAAAAGGAACUUAAACAGGUUUCUUCUGACCUGCUGAGUACGCAGCUGAAUACCAGAAGCAACAUAACACAAGUCGGUCAUGCUGGGUAGGAGCAGGGAAGGCAGAUGGAUUGAAGAAAUGCGGUCCUCUCUCUUAAAAAGCAUUUGGACAUCGUGCAGUGUGGAUGAAGACAGAGUAAAGAUGAGGGCCAUUGUUCACCAGUGAAGAAGAGAUAAAUGGGUGAGAGCCAUUCCCUGUAAGCAGCAUGACUAUGGGAAGACUCAAGAUGGAGAUUCUUCUUAGAGGUCCCGCUGUGCUGAGUGACUAGGGCCGCCGUGCAGGGUGGAGGAGAGACUCUUGUGGCCCUCUCCACAAAGGUGUGCGGGGCGCUGGGCUCAGCACCACAGCGGUUCCUCCGGUUCCUCGGACGGAAGUAAGUUGCCUCAAGUCUCUUCACCAGAGAGAGCUUGGCACUGCGAAGAAUGAGCACAGAGCGUGAUGAAGAAUUGCUUUAUUCCAAGAGGCAGAGCUUGCUGGCUUGCAUGCCUUGAGGAGGAAGGGAAGGAUAGCCAUGGAGGACUCUGAGGAUUUGGACCACAUGGUGGAACAAGACAGAUCUCUGCAUCAGUGGCUCUCCCAUGCAGUUGCACAUAUCUGCAUUCCCAGCACUGUCAAACAUGGUACUUCGGGCGUGCUCCUUCACCCUUGGAGAUACUGCCUGACAGCAUGGGGUCCGUCUCGGUGUGUCUUAGUUGAAAAGAAGAGGCAGUAUUUGGCAUCUUGUGAAGUGCCUCUGAUAGGAGGAGAAGUGGAUGACAUUCAGGUAUUUCUCUUCAGUCCUGUUAUUCCUGCUUUGUUUUACUGAGAUGAAGUCCUGUGUUUCUAAAUACGGUAAGGGCAAAUCUCAGCAGGCCUUCUGCUUUCUCACAGUCCUAAGCCUGCGUUUCUCAUUGACUCUCUGCUCAGCAACUUCCCUUGCUUGGUUUUCUCUUCUAACCGAUCCACACACACGCGCACUAUGUCACGCAGCCAGCUCUCUCGCUUAGCCCUCAGCAGUCAGUCCUAGGGCGGUGGCUUUCACUGAGUUUUUAGCUAUCACCUGAUUUCAUUAAAUUUAGGUCUUGGAAGUGAGUUGUUUUUGAGGGGAUGCAAUUUUCAGAGCACUUUAUUGAAAAGCUAGGUAAAGCACCUCUCAAAAUGAUUAUUCAAACGUGGCAUACGUUUUUCCUGUGAAUUCUCAGUAGACAUCUUUGCGGUGGAUUUCCAAAAUAAAUUAGACUUUGCAUAGUGCUUUUUCUGUAUUUAACAUUGCCUUUUCAGUAUUGCAGCCAAGGCUUCCUUUUAAAGACAUGUACAUGAGAUUAUGCAACCGUAGUAUUCAGGAUACCCACAGCAAUUAAAAUAAAUCAGGCUAGGUAUAAUGAAAAUGAGCCAAAGCAUCUGUUUCUCAAGAGGAUUUAAAAAAAAAAAAGAAAGAAAGAUAAGAUCUGUCAUCCCCAGAGGCUUGGAUCCACAGUGGUUAGACCCCAGAGAUUCUUAUGCUUCAGAAAUGUGUCCCAAGCUCACUUGGGUAAGAAAAGGUAGAGUUAAAAAUGAGGAAAAGAAAGACCCUCACUUUGGUGUGACCAAUUUCUGUGUUCCCUGGAAGCAGCAGCUGGAUAACCCAGUGUGUUUAGCAGAGCUGGACUUACAGAUCAAUUCCUUUUCACUGCUAAUACUUUAAUUUGACGUGCUUACAUGAAUCAGGAGAAGGGGAAGUGAUUUUUGUGUGCUCUCCAGUAUUUUUCAGACAAGUCUGGUGUUUAAAAGUGAGUUUUAAAUCUCUAGUUAUUUCAACUGGACUCUAAUGAUGGUUCAGUGAGAGGCACAGAAACACCAGUCCACCCUCACGGCAGCACUGGGGAUCACAGCAGCCCCGGAUAGGAAAGCACUUGCUUAUUAAGCCAGUUGUCCCUCAAGGGGCAAGCGGCCUUCAGACCGUAGAGUUGAGGUACUAAGAGCUACUUUGUUUUAUUUCCGCUUUACUGUCACUUGGUGCCAGAAGCCAAAGGCCUUUUUGGGGCAAAAUGCUCAAGAUGAUGACUGUGCGAGGAGGGCAGCCGCAGCCACUGCUUCACCUCCGUGCCGGGCUGCAGACGCCCUGUAUGAGCCAGCCCUGGUUCCUCGCCUGCAGGAUGGAAACAGCAGCACUUCUGCAUUGCUCCAGGCUGCUUUGAGGACGAACACGUCAAAGGCUACCAAGUGUGCAGGUCUGGAGUGAUGGGAUCAGCAGACAGGGAGAACUGGGACCUAAACAUUGCACGGGAAUUAGCAGGAAAACAGAGGCAGAAAAACUGCAACCAGCCACAUGCUGUAUUAUCCAGGAGUAGCAUAGAGCUAUCUAGACUUGUAUAUAAACCUCAGCCCUCUUUGAUAUGAGUGUGAAUAGUGAACCUAGAAGGACUUGUUUAACCUUCUGUUUCUUCUAGCAGGACUGACUCAAUACAAGGGGAAAGGGUGAGCAGGAGAACGAGGCGCUGUGUUUUGAUCUGAACUCAUUUAGUCCCUUGCGUAAUAUUUAAGUGGUAUUGGGUUCCACUGCGUCUCUUAAGGAAAAGAGAAAAAUACUUCCACUGCAGCAGUCCUGAGGCAAAAAAAAAAACAAAAACAAACCCCUCUCAGAAAACCUCAGCCAUUUUUUCUGCAAGCAAGUCUGUGUUGGGCAGUGGCUGUCAGCAAGGCUUUCUGGUCCUUCUUCUUGGCCACUGUUGAACCAUGUUGGCCAGGUUCAGCAAGGCCCCAUGCACUGGGUGUUACAGCCUAUCACGAUCUCCGUUUGGCAGGAAAUCUGCUCUCAUGGGUUGAAGUGGACAGGAAUGCUUUCUAAGCCUUCAGCCUACCUUUAAGACAUCACAUAAUCCAUUAAUUAAGGUCAUUUUUUGUGACCAGGAUGCACACUCAGGUAAGUAGGGCUAAUGAGAAAUAUUACAAGCUAUUUGUUAAGUUCCUCCUCUGUAGGUGCAGUGGGUGGAUGCCUCUGGUGCGUUCGUGAACCAAGAAGGGCCAUCACAGUGAGAAGCAAUGCAGUGACUAGCAAGCAAAAUGUGGGCAUAUGGGCCAUAAAUCAGAGCUGGUCAGCUGGGAUUAUCUGCUUUGGAAACAUCGUUUACAGAGGUCCCACGGGAGCAAAAUUCAUCAGACUCAAUUAACAGCCUCUGAGAAGUGUAUCUGGGUUAGCGGCUGAUCAGGCGGGAGCGGCGUGGACCUGCUCUGGCCGACCCCUCGGCCUCCGCCAGCACGUGAAGCUCGCUUUCCACUCAGCAGGUAGCAGCUCCCUCCCCGUGGCUGCCCGUUGCCGGCCGAGCUCAGCAAGCGCGGGUUUGGCGGCCGGAGCGCCGGCUGCUCGGGCCCCGCCACCGCCGAGCGGCAGCACCCCUCGUGAGGGGCUCGCGACCCGCCGCGACCGUCCGGGCACACCAGCCUGGUUUCUGCGUGUUCGUGUGACUUGUCCUCCCGCAGCCAGCUUCCCACUGUUACAUCUCACGAUACGCAGCGACUUUUUUUUCCCUCAAAGAGCCAGCUCUUGGAGACCUCUGAAUCCCGGGUAGUUUAUUGUUUGUUCCAAGUGAGCUCCUAGCAGUCCUAGAGGGGAGCUUAGAAACACGAUACCGGGAGGAUAAAAAAUACGAGGUAAAUAAAAAUAACUCCAAAGGUGUAUAUUUAUUAAAGGUUGUGAUUUUAAAGCUGGUCUCAUGUGAGGCUUUCGGUUUGCUCAGGCUGUUGAUUGGGGCUUGCGUGUUUUUUGGAGGGAAGAUAAAUGUUCGGACUCAGCAUUUUAAUGCUCGGUGAUUUGAAUGUGUGAUCUGAAGGGCUCCCUGAGCGAGAGGCUGAGCCCAAAAGCCAGUGCAGGGAGCACAGAGCCGCUCGGCAGCCUCAAAGGGCUGCGCAUCCAGCCCCAUGCGCUGACGGAGCAGGGGCUGGGUUCACCCUCACGGCUUCGCUGCGGCUCCCUCUCCCACCUGGGGCACUCUCCGUAAAGCUCCUCCGAGACUUAAAAGCCUGCAAGAGAAAGGCUCUAAGCAGCAAAUAAAUAAAUGAAAUAUAAAACAAAACAACGCUGGUCUCCCCAGCCCCCGUGUAUGCCAACGCCAGGUUUAAGAUUGGAUCCUGGUUGAGCUUCAUUCCAAGUAUAAAAAUGGGUUUAGAAGAUUUCAGUUUAAAUUGCUUCCUGUCUCCCAACAUUCCUAACCACAAAUAUUUUUAAUUGUAAGGCAUGAAAAUACAGUUAUUUAAUAAAUUAACACUUUAGAUGCUUUUUGGUUCAA